UGUAACCCUACGACAACCUGGCAAAUCUGAAAGAUUCAAGUACACAGAGGAUUUAAAACUAAAUAGCUCCUUUAGAGAAAAGAUCGACUACUCUUCACUUGAUCAUUUUUAUCCAGAGACGAGCAGAGCUCAUGACGAGCAAUAUCUUCAGCAGGGGUUAUUUUCUCUGUCGGGUGUGAGACCGAAAUACUCCCCACCAAAGGAUACCAUGGAAUAUGCCUAUCAAGACAGAACCGUUGUUUCACAGUCGGACAGGUCAGAGUUUACAUCGGGUGAGGACUAUGACAGUAGAUAUUUAGGAAAAGAUUCAUUGGCAUUCUCACCAUCUUAUAGAAGAGGCUCACCACCACCGACAUACAAAGACAGAAGAGACACAGUUGGCAUGAGCAGAUCGUACACUGAUUUAGGCAGUCAAGAUAAGCCUACUGGGCAGAGAAGGGGGCUGUCUCCAUUGCCAUAUUCCAGGACUAGAUUUAUUGAGAAUAGGUCCCCCAGUCCCAUUCAGACUUUAAGAAGAAUAACUAAACCCAAGUAUGUGUCAGGGGAUGGUACAGAAUCCCUUCAUUCAACCGGCUUGCUCAAGAGGGGAGCUUAUCCAUUGGACCAUAGGGGAAACAGUUUACCAUAUAGUAGCUAUCAGAUGAAUGAUUCAAGGGAAAGGAAUGACAGAACAUCAUACAGCCCGCAGCCAGAUUCGAGGAGCCCACGUGCUGUCAAACGUCAAAGGUUUUACACAUCCCCAGUAUCGGACAUUCCAAAAGGAAGCUUGAGUCCAUCUGGUUCGGCAGCUGGGCAGUAUGAGCCGGAAGCCCCGCCAAACAAGCAGUCAAGAUACGCAACUCCUCCGCCGUACA